UGACGAUGAGACAGUCAUGUUUUUUGCUUUAACCUCUUUUAUUUUAAUAAUAGUUUGAGGAUAACUGACAAGUUUGGAUGAACUGCACUGUUGCUCACCAGACGUGUUAACGGAGAUUAGACAUUUAUUAUGAAGGCGGUGGGACGGAAGUCUUGUCAUUGUUGCUGCUGGUGGAGCACAGGCGAGCCAAGAUGGCAGAGUACCUGGCAUCCAUUUUUGGGACAGAGAAAGAUAAGGUCAACUGCUCUUUUUAUUUUAAAAUUGGUGCCUGCCGACAUGGCGACCGCUGCUCCAGAUUACACAAUAAGCCGACAUUCAGCCAGACUAUUGCCCUCCUGAACAUUUACCGGAACCCACAGAACAGUGCUCAAUCUGCUGAUGGGCUGACCUGUGCCAUCAGUGACAUGGAGAUGCAGGAGCACUAUGAUGAGUUUUUUGAGGAAGUCUUCACAGAGAUGGAAGAAAAGUAUGGAGAAGUGGAGGAAAUGAACGUAUGUGACAACCUCGGGGACCACCUAGUAGGAAAUGUGUAUGUCAAGUUCCGUUACGAAGAGGAUGCAGAGAAGGCCGUGAUGGACCUGAAUAACCGUUGGUUUAAUGGACAGCCCAUCCAUGCUGAGCUCUCUCCUGUCACAGAUUUCAGAGAAGCUUGCUGUCGCCAGUAUGAAAUGGGAGAAUGCACUCGUGGUGGCUUCUGUAACUUCAUGCAUCUGAAGCCCAUUUCGCGUGAACUGAGGAGAGAGCUCUAUGGGCGUCGGAGGAAGGGCCGUCACAGGUCUCGGUCUCGAUCGAGAGAGAGGCGAUCUCGCUCUCGGGACAGAGGUCGAGGAGGUGGACGUGACCACGAGAGGCGUCGUUCCAGAGACAGAGAACGUUCCGGGAGAUUCUGAACCACAAAGCCAUGACUAGUUGUCCUUCCCUUCCCCGUGUCCAUCCCCAGUGUUUUGUUUUUUUUUUGUUUUUUUUUUAAAGUUUGUACCCUUCCAGGUCCACGUUAGGACUUACUGAAAGGUACCUGAUUUUGAAGCUGUGACAGCAUUGAAGAACUUGUUCAUCAUGAUUUCUGAAUUGACUUUCACCUCCAUUAAAAUUUAACAUUUUUACUUAA